AUGACUCUUGGAAGAAACGCAAAACAGGUGAAACACACCGUCAGGAACCUCGUGUCCUCGCUCAUCCAGUACGAACACAUAACCACGACCCCUGCAAAGGCCAAGUUGACGGCCAACUAUGUGGAAAACCUCAUCAUCAAGUCGAAAAAACACAGCACCAGGCCGGAGGCGUUGAAGGAGUGGAAGCACCUGCUGUACGGGAAGCUCUACAACCAGGAUAUAACGAUCGAGAAGAUGACGAGCGAGUUCAUAGAACGAUACGCCAACCGUGCGUCGGGUUUCACGCGUAUGCUGAAGCUGGAGCCCCGCUACGGCGACAACGCGCCGCAGGUGGCUCUCGAGAUGGUGGACAACACGGACAGGGAGAUGAUGUUCUGGUACAUGGCGAAGGUUGUUGCUCGGUUGGAGCUUCAGGGCCUCGAGGCGGACCCUUUGACGAAGAAAAACAUGGAAAAGGUGAUCUCCUCGAAGGAGAACGGCGAGGCGAAGUUCAGGGAAACGGUGCAGAUCUGCAAGGAGAACUUUUUUGAGAACGAGGCGGACCUCGAGCUCAAGCCGAGGUUCAAGAGCCACACCAACGGCUUCAACAGACAAACGACGAAUUUCGAGUUUGUGCCAAGAGAGUAG